GCGCAGAUCGCCUUCCUGCAGGGCGAGCGGAGAGGCCAGGAGAACCUGAAGAAAGACCUGGUGAGACGGAUCAAGAUGCUGGAGUACGCCCUCAAACAGGAGAGGGCAAAGUACCAUAAGCUGAAGUACGGGACAGAGCUGAACCAGGGAGAAAUCAUACCUCCGAGCUAUGACUCAGAUGAGGGGAACGACAGUGAGGCUGCCAGUCCUCCAAACAGCAGCCAUCAGCUCAGCUGGAAACAAGGACGCCAGCUGCUCAGACAAUACCUGCAGGAGGUCGGCUACACGGACACCAUCCUGGAUGUGAAGUCUCAGAGAGUGAGAUCGCUGCUCGGUCUGACCGGAGACUCAGGAGACAAACCUUCAGAGAACAAAGCCGAACACAUGGUGAACGGCACCGAGCCGUCCUCCAUGAAGGACAGCGGCAUGGUCAGUAAACCUGACCUGUCGGACUCGGCCACGGUGUUGGAGGCCUUUAAAUUCAUCGAGAGCGCUGCAGCAGAAUUCAGCGACGAUGAUGAUGAGGAAGACAGCGAAGGGAGGGACAAGACCAUCUUAAACAUGGCCACAAUGGUGAGGAAGAAGCAUUCGUCUACGCCUUCCUCCACGACCUCUGACCUCAGCGAUGACCCCGACACAGAGGAGGCUCUGAAGGGCUUCGAUUUCUUGGCGAGUCCCGACGAGUUGGACGGAUCGACUGAGUCCAGGAGCGGAGAGGACAGUGGAGAGUGGGAGAAGGAUGACCCCUCCUCUCCGGGGGAUCUGGCCUGGGACGUGGACCAGGGUCUGAUCGCUCAGCUGAAGGAGCAGUACAGGAAGGAGCGCAAGGGCAAGAAGGGCAUAAAGAUUUCCUCGUCUGAUUUUUGUCUCCCUCCUCCUUCCCGUCCUCCUCCAGGACCGAACCGCUCUAAGCUUCAGGACAUGUUGGCGAACCUUCGGGACGCAGAGGACCAUCCCUCCAUGCAGCCGCCCGUCACCCCCCCCUCCCGCCCCAUUGUUCCCAGACUCAACGAACAGGAAGUGGGACGCUCUGAAGAUGAAGCGAUGACUUUCCUGCCGUCUCCUGGGAAGUCCUUCAUAAUGGGCCGAGUGGACGAGGCGGUCUCCAACGAGCUGGGACUGGGAGAACUGGCCGGACUGACUGUGGCCAACGAGGCCGACAGCCUGGCGUACGACAUCACCAACAACAAAGACGCUCUGAGGAAGACGUGGAACCCGAAGUUCACCCUGAGGAGUCACUUCGACUCGGUGCGAGGUCUGGCUUUCCACCCCGUGGAGCCGGUGCUCGUCACGGCCUCCGAGGACCACACGCUCAAACUGUGGAACCUGCAGAAGACGGCGCCCGCCAAGAAAUGUACUGCUUUAGACGUGGAGCCUAUCUACACAUUCAGAGCUCACAGCGGUGCGGUGUUGUGCGUCACGAUGAGCUCCAGUGGAGAGCAGUGCUUCAGUGGGGGGGUGGACGGUACCAUCCAGAGCUGGAACACCCCCAGCCCCAACAUCGACCCCUACGACUCAUAUGAGCCGUCUGUCCUGCGGGGGGCGCUGCUCGGUCACUCAGACUCAGUUUGGGGUCUGGUCUACAGCUCGGCCCACCAGCGCCUCCUCUCCUGCUCGGCAGAUGGUACGGUCCGGCUGUGGAACGCCGCCAGCAUCUCGCCGCCUCUCGCUGUCUACAACGAGAGAGGAGAGCUGGGAGUGCCCACCUCGGUGGAUCUGGUGAGCAGCGACUCGGCUCACAUGGUGACGUCCUUCAGCACCGGACACAUCGGACUCUUCAACAUGGAGACGCAGCAGCUGGUCCUGCAGCUGGACUCUGCCGGACCUCCAGAGGCUCCCUGCAAGAUCAACAAAGUGCUGAGUCAUCCCACGCUGCCAAUCACCAUCACAGCUCAGGAGGACCGGCACAUCCAGUUCUUCGAUAACAACACAGGUAAACUGAUCCACUCGAUGGUGGCUCACCUGGACUCCGUCACGUGUCUCGCUGUGGAUCCAAACGGACUGUACCUCAUGUCAGGAAGUCACGACUGCUCCAUCCGCCUGUGGAACAUGGAGAGUAAGACGUGUAUCCAGGAGUUCACGGCGCACAGAAAGAAGUCGGAGGAGUCGAUCCACGACGUGGCGUUUCACCCGACAAAAUGUUACAUCGGCAGCGCCGGAGCCGACGCGCUCGCUAAAGUCUUCGUAUGACCGGAGACACGGAGGAAAUGAGAAAGAGGAGACACGGAGGAAAUGAGAGAGAGGAGACACGGAGGAAAUGAGAGAGAGGAGAACGUCUCCACAUCUGAAAGCUGAAGGAGACAGUUUACCUGGACUGCUCCUUCUAAGAUUUGUCAAAUAUUCCCCCCUCCCCUCUUCCCCUGUUGGGACUUAGGCUGGCCCGGGUCCCGAAAACAAACAAACCUCUGGAUGAGACGAUGAAUGAAAACAGGAAGUGGCAAAAAAAACAAAAAAACAGGAACUCUCAGAAGUUUUCAGUAAAGCUGGAAUCUCUUUUCUUUUCUCUCCACCGUCACUGACCCCAGAACAGCCUGUGUCUGUCGGUGUUGCUUAGAAAUAUCGUUCAUGAUAAUGUGCCUUUUUACUUCACAAUAUGAAUCAUUUAAGGUGUUGAGGAAAAUGUAUUUCGUGAAUCAGAAGAUCCACUUUUAUCUCUCAAAAAUAGACAAGAGUAACAACCCACUUUUUCGAAUAUUCAGUCCGAUCUGAAUGCUUCUUUUGAACACUAAAUCCUUUCGUUUACUAAUUU